AUGGUGGGCACUACGAACGCUGCCAAUUCAGCAAAGCAAGCUGCUGCGAAAAUGCACCGUCGCUCGCGGACUGGGUGCUUCACAUGCCGCUUGCGAAGAAAGAAGUGCGACGAGGGAAAGCCCUCGUGUCGCGCCUGCAAGCACCUCGGAUUAAAAUGCGAAUACAAGAGGCCAAUGUGGUGGAGCAACAACGAGCAGAGACGGAGCCAGAAAGAAGUUAUCAAGACCAUUAUCAAGCGCACGAAGCUCAGCGAGAAGAACGCGCAGGGCGUCGCCAUGGGCGCCAAUACCCCACCAAGCCUCUGCCACUCCGUCCCGACCUCAGAGACCUUCUCAGAUGGAAUGGGAUGCACCCGCGCACAAUCAGUCGACUCACAAAUUUCCUUAGAUUACAACUUCAAUUCGCUCCCCACCCCCGACCUUUACAACGUAUCGAUGCCGCCGCCGAUGUUCCCUCCCUCGUUUCCCCACCCCGGGCAAUUCACACCGUACGAGGUCGAUAUCAAGACAGAGAGCCAGAUGUUCAUCAAUGACAUCCCGACCCGACGGGAUUCAACAAUAUCCACCUUUAGUACCUACCAAGCACCGCCCGUCGUCGGCCACCCGUUCCCGACCGAGAACUGGAUACAACAGGACUAUUUCGAGAGCCGGCGCGAGUCUUUCGCGGAGGAGCCCCUGGACUUCCAGGUCUUCGACUUUCCUCAUGGAUCGUUUAGCCCGUCGCACCAGUCAAUGAUCCAGGUCGACGAGUGCGAUCAGCACCUCCUCAACCACUUCAUCGACAACGUCCUCCGCUUGAUCUUCCCGAUUCUCGAGGUGAACCAGCACGGCUCAGCCCGCUCAGACGUAAUUCUUCCGGCAUUGGAAACGAACAAGACCUACCUCCACUGCUGCCUGAGCAUCUCCGCAGUCCAUCUCAAGGCGACCCAGAGGAUACAGGGCGAGCAGAUUGAUAGCGACAUCAUGCGCCACCGCUACGCCACGAUUUCGGAGCUCUGCGAAGCCUUGAACCGCGACACCGAACAUGCGCAAAUCCUUGAAGCCACGCUCGGCAUGAUCUUCUUCCAAUGUUCAGUCGGCCGCCCCGACGACGGUCUCCCCGACAUCCCCUGGCACCAGCAUUUCCAGGCGGGAACAGAUCUGAUCACCAAGCUGGAUCUGCCGGCGCACCUCGUCGCACUGAACGGACAACCGCAUGCGCAGCCCCCCUUCAACAUGACACUUGCGUCGUGGAUUGAUAUUUUGGGCGCUACCAUGCUGGGCCGCACCCCUGCUUUUGCCGACACCUACCGAGAGAAGCUCAUUGCAGAUUCGCCCUCCGGCCUCGCCGAGCUCAUGGGCUGCGACGACCGGAUAAUGUACCUGAUCUCGGAGAUCGCCUGUCUAGAAGCGCUGAAGCUGGAGAAAAUGGAUGAGGUGCAGCUGUGCGCACACAUCAAGCUUCUCGGCGACCAGAUCAGCUUGUCAGAGCCGCCGCCGGGAACGAUCACGAACGCAUACUCGUCCACGGGCGCUAUCCGGCCGAAGCAGCUCAGCAGGAAUAUGACGGCAGUGUUCCGUCUAGCUGCGCGCAUCUAUCUCUGCAGUCUCGUGCCCGACUUUGACCGCACCCAAGGCAGCAUCGCCAACCUGGUCGACUACCUGAGCGACGCUAUGGACUUUAUUCCCGCUGGCCCCGACGGAUUCGAUCGUUCGCUUGUGUGGCCCCUUCUUGUGGCCGGAUCUGUCUCACUCCCGAACUCAUCUUUCCGCAAGAUGUUCGCAGAUCGGUCGAACCGGUUAGGCGAGGCUUCGGACUUCGGUUCAUUUGGAAGAAUCAAGGAGCUCCUGAAAGACGUGUGGCGCAUUAACGACGACGCCCUCGCGAAAGGCGACAAACAGAGUGUCCACUGGCGGGACACGAUGCGACAGAAGGGCUGGGAUUUCUUGUUGAUCUAG